UUCAAUUUAGCCAAAAUAUAAAAAAUGGUGCCAAAAAUGAAAAAAAAAGGCUUUUUGUCAGCUUGGCUUACAGCAGAGAUAUGAUUUGGGAUCUUUUUUCAAGCUUAGGUGGUAAAAGUGUUGACUUAGUAUUGAAAGGGGAAUACGUGAGAGAGAAGAUAUCUAGAGCUGCCUGAUACAAAGCAAGCAGUUGAACUGUCAAAGUGUGACAGGGGAUAGAGGGGGCAUGGUAGGGGUGGGGGCAGGUGUAGCAAAUAGUUAGGGGCAAUAGCAUGUUGCAGAACCAAAUAUAUGUCUAUGAGCAAUUUAGGGCUCCUGAUGCUCUAGUAUUUAGUGAACAGCAAACUCUGAUAAACAAGAGCAAUAGCAUUAGUGGUUACAGUCACAAUUUUGAUAAACAUGAAAAUAUAUUGAAUAUUGACAUCAAUUUGGACAAUUUGAUUGCUUUAAUAACUGAGUGAUUAAAGAAAUAUUUUUCCUCUUUCAUAAUACAUUUUUACUAAAUUUUUCCAUUUAAAGAUAGCCAUCAAGUUUGUUUCAUCAUGGGCUUUGUUUUUUUGCAAAAAGAAAAAGAAACUUGCUAACAAUCCUGAACACAUUUUAAGGCAAAGUUCUCAUACUUCUGAGAAAUAUUUUUUUGUAUAAACUUUCACCAUUCAAUUUUUAAGCAACUGUAUUUUUGUGUGGCAAGGAAAGUGUAAGCUUCAGGCAAAAUUAACAAACAACGAGGAUAGACUUUGUCAAAUCCCCCUUUAGGCUCGUCCAAAGAGUGGAAAUGUAGGACAGUCCACAAAAGAGACACUAAGCAAAAUUUCAAUCUAUUAGUCUGAUCCCUUGUAUGUCUUGAAUCUCUUCUGAAAAGUUAAAAUGUAUAAAAAAUAGGGAGAAGAUAACAUCAUUACUAACUAUGAAUCUAUUUAAUUUUCCAGGCUGUUGUGCAAGCUGAUGGCAACGGACAUGUUGAAUCGUCAGGGCAAAUAGUUACAAGAAAUUACAUGUAACAUGCAACUUCAAUUGGUUUUUUGGAGAAGGUUGUAACGUCAAGCAAUCGAGACACCCAUCAUGUUGAAUGACAAACCGUCCCGCAUAAUCGCCCUCUGCUCAGUAGCGAACUUUAUCAACUCUGCUGACAGGGUGAUUAUGCCGAUCGCCAUUGUACCCAUGGCUCAGGAGUUUAAAUGGGAUCUGCAUCAACAAGGAUGGGUCCUAAGUGCAUUUGCUCUGGGCUACAUGAGUAGCCAGGUUGUUGGAGGCAGUGCGGCAAAGAAGUAUGGAGGAAAAAAGAUUCUAAGUCUGGCAGUAAUACUUUGGUCUUUGUCAACCUUCCUUGUGCCUCUGUUUUCACAUUCGUUGUACAUAUUGAUAUUGUCUCGAGUACUUCUUGGACUUGGCGAAGGUCUAGGUCUCCCAACAAUUUUUCACAUUUUUUCUCACGCCAUUCCAUGCGAAGAGCGGUCUAGGGCAUUUGGUUACUUGGUAGCCUUUGGUUCUAUUGGGCAGACAGUAGCCUCACUGGUGUGUCCUCAUUUGCCAUGGGAGUGGAUGUUUUAUUUCUUUGGCCUGAUGGGCUUUACUUGGGUCGCUGUUUGGGCCUCAAUGUACGCCGAUUCCAGGGGAGCCUUGGAUGAAGAGUUUGUGGAUCCUCCAAAGGUGAACAACUCCAAUGUGCGGUGGAUGGAGUUUGUGGCUCACUGGCCAUUGUGGUCCAUCUACAUAGCUCACUUCAGCAUGAACUGGUCCAACUACAUUGUGAUGCAGUGGCUGCCCACCUACCUGUCCUCCACACUCGGGGCCAACCAGUCGCACAUGAUGUCCACAGCCGUGCCUUAUAUCAUGAACUCUCUUGUUGGUGUUGUUGCUGCCCAUUUUGCAGAUGCUUUGAUUGCUCACAAAUGGACAGUCUUGUCUGUGCGUCGCCUCAUGACGACUAUUGGCUUGCUUGGUCCUGGAUUAUUUAUUCUUUUUUUCAGUGCUGUGUAUAAUUUGCCCCUGGCUGUCUUUUUUGUGUCUGUUUCACUUGGCUUGAGUGCUUGCAAUUCAUCAGGACACUUGAGCAACCACGCUGAGGUGGCCCCUAAUCACGCUGGGAUCACUUUUGCCAUAUCAAAUACUCUUGCGACGAUACCAGGUAUUUUGUGUGGCCCCUUAACGGCUGAGCUUGUCACACAGUCCCAUGGUCGUUGGCUGCCCGUGUUUGUCAUAGCAGCUGGGGUGAACUUUGUGGGAGCAGUCAUCUAUCUGAGUCAGAGUGCAGCCAGUCAAGUAUUAUGAUGUCCCACCACAGCAGUUGACUUUUGUUUGAUGUUUGAAUUGGUUACAUUUGCCUUGCAGCCAAUCUCAAAGAGGCCUUCAUUGCACAGAAUGACACUACAAAAUUAGUUUUUAAAGAAAGUUCUGUGACAUUCUGAUUUUUUUCCUCCCUUGUUAGUAUUUUGAAAGAAAAACCCCAGUGGUUUUUGAAAAUGUCUCUUGCAGCACAAAGUUCUAUAAUAACAGCAAGGAAACUUGACGUUUUGACAAGGAUUUUAUGGUUUUGUUUUUCGCUGCUUAAAUUUUACUUUGGCUGGUUGCAUGGCAUGUAGUCAUUUUCAUUUGCAAGAUGAGUGCAUCUUCUUGAAGAAAAGGAGCAUCUGAGCAAAUGGACUAAAGUGGUGCUUGGUUUAAACACUGUGAUGUAAUUACUUCUCUAUUGUGGUUGCAGUUAGACAUGCUCAUUGAGUAUUUAAUGCAAAAAUGUGUCCUUCAAACCAUAACCCCUCAGUUGUUCUUAGAUUUUUGUGUAUGGCAAUCAACAGCAGUAGAAAUGGUACUUGUACAAUUCUGAUGCGAAUCAUAAAUUUCUAAUAAAAGAAAUUUAUUGGGGGUUUGAUCAAGGAAGCUCAAUUUUUAUAGGGUUGAAGGAAAAGUUAAGUUAAUGUUUUAUUGGGCAUUUAACCUGUCCUGUCUCUUUGAUGAUAUUUAGAACAGUGAAUUACGGAUCUUUCAAUUUCUUUAAGUUAUUUGUUCCAACUUGUAAAAACUGAAUGUAACCAAAUGAUUCAAAGAUUUUUAUAAACCUAAAGGAUGUCACUGGAAAUAAAUCUGCCCCAUAUAUUAUUUUGAAGAUGGAAACUGGUAUUAUGUACCCGAAUUAACUGUUUCCAGUCUUGGACCCAUGUUUUCAAUUAUUUAGGACCAACCAAUGCAUUUUCAUGUUAUGUAAUGAGACUUUGAUAUCAAUGAUAGGUAAUUUGUUGUUCUUGAGAUGGGAAUGCAAGUUCAAACUAUCUGAGAGUGAGAUAACAAUUUUAAAGGUUUCUGUGUUGACAGGAAUACACAUAUUGGUUGUUUUAUUUCUGCAAUGUUCUCUUCAUGGUCUAAGAAUGUGAGGUAUUUGAUCUUGAUAUUUAUUAUCACUCUUCUUAAGUCAUGUGAAUAGGAGUCUAAACUUUUGUAAACAUGGACACAGGAAAAUAUUCUGUACAGGUACAGUUUCUCAGGUGCUGUAAACUUUGAGUGUCAUAAUGGGUUAAAGCUAAAAAUUGCCUAUUUCACUAUAUGAGAACUGGACAACUGUAACUUUAUAUGCUAUUGAACAAAAGAAAGGUAUGAUUUUCAUUUUUCUCUAUUUUUGCUGAAAAAAAAAUGAUAACUUGUUUCAUGUUCUCGGUCAGUAAAUUCUGAGGCAUUACUCUGUGCCUUUUAUGGAAUGUUAUUUUUGCUGGUGUUAAGUUGAGCAAUAGUCCAUCCCUGUGGACCUUCGUUCAUAUUCCUGUAGAUGGUAUCAUUUUGGCAGAAUGUUUUUUGAUCAUGAUGCAUUUUUGCGAGUUGUGAACACAGUGUUGCGAUUAGAGAAAAUGAGAUUGUUUCUCAAUUGAUCCUUGAUUAUGCCUGUUAUGUAUUGUUAGCCCUGCGUGUAAGGUUAAGUUGAGAUGAGUGAAGAGGCACCCUACCCUGUCUGUUGGUUUUUAUUGUAAUACAUGUAGCUUAAAGUCUGGAAUGUGAUUGUUAAGAUGAGUUCUUCAAUAACAGUUAUUUUUCUGUUUAUUUUGAUGAUAUCUCAUGACAGUAAAAUUGGCCCCAGUUGUACUGGUGAUCUGGGUUUUUAAAAUCUGAUUCUCUCUUUUUACGGUUGUAAUGAUAGUGGAAAGGGACCUUGAAUGUUAACCCUGCUAGAUGCUAAUGGGGUAGCCUAGAAAUCGUGCUGUAUUUGGACGGCACAGAACUGAUUGUAGUACGAAGGGACUGAUGACAUUUCAAAGGCUAAGAGCAAUCUGGCGAAACUUAUAUUAUAGCGAUUUUGGAGACGAAAUUGAGUGGAAAAAGAAAGAGGGGUACUCGCUGGAUGUUUUUUAAAUUUUCAAUCAGUACAAGUCUGACAUAGUUUCCCUAUUCACAAGUUGAUGAUAUUCUUUUAAUUUUUGUGUGAUUUACGGCUCCCCAAGAUGAAUGCCUUCAGACCUUCUCGCACAGUGACCCCAUUUGUGUAGAUCCACACUCAUAGCAUCAACAGUGAUCAAACUAAUAUAAAACAAUAUACUUCUGAAGUUCUUUAUACCAGUUGGACAGUAAAGAUUUUGCUGGACUCUAUUUGCACAUUUUCAACACUCUUUCUGAGGUUUGUCACUAUGAUGAAUGUUAGUUUAUGCAUAUGUUUGUUUUGUUUUUUUCUCUGUCUUGUGAAACUGUGAGGGGAUGCUACAUUGUCUUUCAGAUUCAUGAGUAGGUGUAUUUGUAACCCUGCCAUUGCCUGUCAUUCAUGCCCAUUUAUAAUUUUUCUGGGUCACAGGUGACAUACAGUACUUGUCUGCUCAAAACUCAGUGACUCUCUUCAGCACACAGAAUGGGGAAAAAAAUACGUUGACGAUAUGAUUGAGUGAAAAAAAAGAAAUUCAGUGUUAAGUGGGAAUGGUAAAAUAGGUAAUAAAGCAGAAAAUAUGAAAAGAGAUGGAAAAAGAACGGGGUUUGAUUUCUUUACUUGUAAUUUUUUAUGUAACUCUUUUUCUUGUUUUAUCAAUGAGGUUAGUGUUGAACAAUUUUGCUGUUCUAGUUCUCUCUUUAUUGCACAGCUCUGGUUCAUAGGAAAAUGUGAAUUAUGAGGGGCAAAAACGACAUUCAAAAUUUCACUUCGCUUUUCAAGCUAAUGAGUUUAUAGGAUCGAUCCAAGGCAGGGCAAGCUUACAGAAUACAAUCCUUAAUGCGUUUGUUGGAAAAACUAAGUGGACAUCAUUGGAGAGAGCAAGAAACCAUGAAUGGAGAUAUUUUUCCUUUUUUAUUACUGAUCAUGAGAUAAGACCACUGAGAUUUAACUGGAGAUUACAAAAUAGUUUUUUACCUUUUUUGUGACCUUUUUUGUGAACUUGUGAAUGGUUUCCAGUUUCCAUCCAGUCAAAAUGAGGCUGAAGUUGCUGAGCAUGAAAUCGCCCACACCCUGAGAAAAGUUCUUUUCAGACUUAAGUUUCUUUUAUUCUUGUUACUCCUCUUAAGUGAACGUCAUCUUUUGCUUGAAGGCAAUUUUGGAGUGAUGCUGUUGGGGACUUCAUACUGAUUUUGACUGAUGGGAGAACAAAUCUCUCCAUUUUCUUUAUUUUUUUCACUGUAAUGUUGUUUCGCUUUGUACCUUUGAUAUUGAAACAUUUUUACAAGAUGAUCUGAAAUUGUUUUGCCGCAGUUGGCUGUUGCAUUGCAAGGGGGAACGAGCAUGUUAGUUGUUGAUGGGGACCUAUAUUCCUCUCACUAGUUUGGUUGAAAAUAGUUUUCAAGUAACCUAUUUUUAGUUGUUAUUUGGGUUACUUGUUUUGCAUGUUAGGUCAAAAGUACUGUGCCGCAACUGUGAUUUAAAAAAAAGUAUAUAGAGCAUGUUGUAGAAAACAGUCCUUAAUUUUGCUUGAAACUUUAUGACCUUAUUUAAGGUAUCAUAAAGAAGUCGAGGUCUUUGGGAUGAUGGUGGUGUGCAGUAUACAGGGGAGAAAGAUUUAUCUCUGGUGAAGGUGAGCAGUUCUUUCAGAAUGUUCUGGCACUGUAGGAGAAACUGGAUGUUUCAGACUGUUUUAUUUACAAUAUGACCUUUCGGGUUGCCAUUUUGCUAGUGUUGAGCAUGUUUUUUUUUUUUAUUGCUCACAUCUCUAUAUGACAUCCCCAAUCCUCUUAAUUGCAGAGAUACAAUUUUUAAAUGAUGAGUAAAUUGGUGGUUGGUUUGGGGGAGGGGGGGUGUCAUUGGUAGGCCCUACUUCUUUUCUUUCCCACUGUUCUUUCUAUCUGUCGGUCCUGAUUUUACCCUGCAUUAAAUGACUGUUAGCAUGUCGGUGUGCUUCUUUUCAAUCACACAAACAAAAGCAAAUUGGAAUUACUGUCUUUAAUCUGUAUGUGCUCAGGGUUUCCCAAUUUGUAGUGAUCUUUUGGGAAGCGACUGCUUAUCGUGCUGGCAGGGAAAGGGAUAUUUAUUUUGCUGGAAGUUAAAUUGUAAACUUUCCUAAAAGGGGCAACGUUGUCGUUGAUGUAAAAGUCUUGCUUGAUGUGGACUGUGGCUUAAAAAAACAUUAUUAUAUUUCCAGAGAAAAUGAAAUUGAUAGAAGCUCCAAGUCUGAGUGCCAUUUUUUAGACAAAUGUGUUGCAUUGUAAACUUUGUAUGACCAGCUGCAAGUCAUUUUUCUUUUUAUCAUUCUUUUUUGCUGUUGUACUUGUGUACUUUUUUUCUUUAGAAACUACUUAUUUCAGUGCUUAACAUUCCACCUAUCAUCAAAACAAUCACACAGCCGCUUUUUGUAAUACAUCAUUUUGCAUGACCUGUCUAUAAGUCAGCUCUUGUAAAGAACCUACCUAUGUAUGCCAAAUUGCUGCCUUCAACGCUCUGCUACACAUAUUUUUUUUUACUUCAUAGUGUACUUAUGGCAUACAGACACAGAAGGGAAAGUCUUAGCUGUACCACAUUCUUUUAGUCCUCUUUAGUUACAGAUACAGAGAUGUGAACACCUUCACAGUUGCAGAGGUGUGAACAUCCUCCUAGUUCUAUGUGCGAAAGGAUAGAAAGCUGCAAACAUUCCAGCCGCCAUCCUAACUUAUACUUUUGUAUUGCUAUAUAUCUUCUUUCAUCUUUAUUAUUAGUGUGGUGUACGUGGAUAAAUUCUAUCUAUAGUUCAAUUCUGUUUUCAUUGCUGCCGUGUGUCAAAAAAGAGAUGGAGAGUCUUAUCAGUGGGAAGUGGGGGAAUAUCAUUGUCAGUUGCUGUGUCCUUUCAUCUGUUGUUUUUUGUUUCUGUGCGGAUGCAUUAUGUGCACCAUGGUGUGGUCUGCUUCUUCUACUUCUUUUUCAAGUUGCCAUUGCUCUCAUCAGUCUUCAGCAAUAUGUGUCUGUUAUUGUGCUGACUGGUCGUGGACUACAGCUCAACAGAUUUUAGUAGUUUCGUUUUUCAGUCCUUAAGUAGUGGUUCACAGCUCCUAUUACAGUGUUUGGUUCAUUGAAGGGUACUCAUCAUUCAGUUGUGUUGUUCACGCACACUAUGUAGGGGAUAGGCAGAAAAGGGUAUAGCUGGUCGGUUUGCCAGCUAGUUGUGUAAAGUCUGAUUACUUCUCUUUCUUUCCCCCCUUUGGUCUAUUUGGGGAUCAAAUUCACUAAAAAAUCAAUUCUUUCUUCCUUCCCAACAAGCUACUGUUUUCAUUACUAAAAAUAUCCCCUGCUGUACUAAUAUGCUCAUUGCCUUCUGCCAUUCUCUAUUACUUUGUUUUCCACCAUUAGAUAUCCAUGAUUAUCGAAUCUAUAUUGCUUGUUUUUUUUCCACAGAAUCAAAUCAAUUGACACUUCAAUAGAAAAUUAAAAUGUUUGUUACCUUUAAA